AUGGGGCAGUAUUCCCCCGAAAUCGAAAUGUUGUCCGGUCUUGCUCGUCUUAACUUGGCUGCAAACAACUUAAAUGGCUCUAUUCCACGUUGGUUGUGGAAAUGCAAGACACUCUUGGAACUAAAUCUGAGUGUCAAUAGGUCCUCUUCCACACAACAAGGCCUUUCAAGAGGCUUCAUUGGAGGCUUUGAGGAACAACGAAGGCUUGUGCGAAAUACCACUCGUCUGGAACCAUACAUUGUUGAAGCAACUGAAGAAUUCGACUCCAAAUACUGCAUCGGAGUCGGAAGAUAUGGAAGCGUUUACAAGACACAAUUGUCUAAUGGUCAAGUGGUUGUUGUGAAGAAACGUCAUCCACUUCCAGAAGAUGUGGUGGCGGAUCAAAAGCCUUUUUGCAGUGAGAUUCAAGCUUUGACUGAAAUACGCCAUCGCAAUAUUCUGAAACUUCACGGUUUCUGUUCACAUCCCCGACAUUCGCUUUUGGUAUACGAGUUCUUGGAAGGAGGAAGCCUGGAGAAGAUACUAAAGACCGAUGAACAAGCAGUGGAGUUGGAUUGGAUUAAGAGAGUAAAUGUUGUUAAAGGCGUGGCUAAUGCUGUGUCAUAUAUGCACCAUGACUGCUCCCCUCCUAUAGCCCAUUGUUACAUUUCAAGCAAGAACAUUCUGCUUGAUUCAGACUAUGAGGCUCAUGUUGCAGACUUUGGUGCUGCCAGGCUUCUAAAGCCUGACUCAUCCAAUUGGACCUCAUUCGAAGGCACUUUAAGUUACACUGGACCAUGCGGCGGCGCCUACACGUCCACACUCCACUGCCGACGCCUCGCCAGAAUGCUCCAGAAACGCCACGACGUGCUCCACACGUCAAGCUCUAUGGUGACUCACCACCAUAACUAUGGUAACUCACCGGACGAUCCUUCUUUUAACCGGUCCGACGACAGCUUUGUGGUGGCCUAUAAAUAUGGCCACCAAACCUGCAAAAGAAAAGACCAAGAGCAAGAACCCAAGAGCAAAACAUCACCAACAACCAAGAAAAGAAACGAUGAAGCAGAGCAAUCAACAAGCACCCACAUCAAGCAGUAA